UCCUCUCAGGGUGCCCGAGCCAUCGCAACACUGACCGGACCUACCUCCUGCUUCCUACAUGAGCCGGAUUAAUUAGGGAGCACAAGGAAAACAGCCGCAGGUUAUCUACAGAAAACUCCCGUCGGUACAAACAUGAGAGACAGGCUGGGACACCUGCAUACGGUCCAGACUGAUUCUGAGGGCUUCAGCACUGUGGAGCUGAACGGCCUCUCGGACCACGGGGCAGACUCUGACCAGGAUCUAGACGGGAUCCUGAAGGAGGCCCAGCGGAUACGUCUGGAGAUCCAGCAGAUCCAGAACGACAUCAGCGAUCUAAAGGAGGUGAACUACGAGGCGUUAAACAAGACGUCGUUCCCUGCUGCCACAAAGCGGGACUCCAAUGCGAUCGGGGUGGACGUCAAGCGCAGGGGCGAAGCGGUGUUGCAGCAGCUGCACAGGCUGAACGAUCUCCGGGGUGAGCUGGAGGCCCAGCGCGGCGUCUCUGACCCGGCGGCCCGCGUGGCGCGGACGCAGUACCACUAUCUGAGCAACGCCCUGCGGGAGGUGAUGUUCAGCUACAACGACACCGAGAUGAGCCACAGGGAGGCUUGCAAGCGCCACAUCCAGAGGCAGCUGGAGGUGGUGGGGAGGGAGGUCAGCGAGAAGGAGCUGGAGGAGAUGAUAGAGGGCGACGAGCUGACCGUGUUCAGCGUCCAAGCGACGGGGCCGACCGUCCGCUCGGCCCUCGUGAGCAUCGAGAACCGACACCGGGAGCUGCUGGAGCUGGAGAGGAGAAUCGAGGGGAUCCAGGAGAUCUUCUUGGACGUGGCCGUGCUGGUGGAGGAGCAGGGGUCGGGGGUGGAGAACAUCGAGAAAAACGUCCAGAACGUGGAGGUGGUCGUUCAGGAGGCCACGUUCAAGCUGGAAAGGGCCAAGGCUUCAGAUAAAAACAACCCUUUCAAGAAGAUGUUUUGUGGCUGUUUUCCUUGUUACAAUUGAUAAGUUUGUUUUAGGGCUUUAUGUCACAAGAAUGAUUGAUGGUGCCGAUACACAGAAGGAAAAAAAAUAAGAUAAGCAGCCGCUCUAAAAAACAAGUCACUGACAGGAAUUAUGAGACCAAAUAUGACUGUGGUGUCAGAAACCGAGAAACUAUCGGCAUCACAGGAAAAGGCUUAGAGCUGGACUGAUCGAACUGGAUAAUCAUAGAUAUAUAAAAGUCUAAUUCUCUUUUUAUUAAUCUCUUCAAAUUCAGAAGCGUACAUAUCUUAGAGUUUGAGGCCUAUUAGGGAAAGCCUGGAUGCUAAUGCCGUGGCUUUGUAAGCGUUUUGUAAUUACAGUUUUUAUUGAUUGCUUUGACGCAGCAGUCAACUCAAAACCCACAUUUUUC